GGGGGAGUCCAGAGCAUUCACUGGAACCAUUCUUAUUCCUCUAGCUGCUCCUAAAGCCACAAAGACACAUAUAGGGAAGAUGAAGCUUCUGCUGCUGAGUCUGGCCCUGGUCUAUGGCAUCCAGACUCACCAUACCUGCUCUGAGGAGCAGCAACCAGAUCUCACAGGAACCUGGUAUACUGUUUCAUUGGCCUCAAAUGACACAGCUAAGAUUGAGGAAGGUGGUCCCUUAAGGAUUUUUGUCCACAAACUCAUUUUGGAGAAUGGAAACCUGCGUGCAAUCUUCUUCAAAAGAGAAAAUGGAAAAUGCACUCAAUUUUCUGUGUCUGCUAACCCAGUAGAAGAAGAUGGUCAGAUGAAGGUGGAAUAUUCAGGAAGUAAUGAUGUCUACCUUCAAAGUUUCAAAGAGGAUGAAUAUGCCAUAUUUAUGUUGUAUAACCACAAUAAUAACAAGGUGACUCUUUGGGGAGAACUCUUUGGUCGUACUCCAAACCUGAGUGAGGAUAUAAAGAAGAAAUUUGAGGAAACUUGUAUAAAAUUAGGACUUAAAAGGGAACACAUUUUAGAUGUAUCUGAAACUGAUCAGUGCCAGGAACUUGAACAAUAAGAGAACCCACUCUGGCACACAGGAAUUCUCAGGAUAUAACAUCUUUGUCUUUUUGGGGAUCCAAUCUUCUUCCUCCAAAGAUUAAUUAACAUGGAUAAUGGAAAUAUCUGUAUUCUUCAAGGAGAUCUGACCUCCCCCCCAGUGUUCCCCCAUCUCCUGCUCUGCCUCCUUUCAGGGAGAACCUCUUGGGGGAGACUUUCCUAUGAAUAUCAAAUAAAUUAUUUUCUUUGUGCA